AUGAACAGCGAUGGACAGAGACGGGAGAUCGGAACGGGGACGACGAGAAGCUUUACCUUGAUGGGAGCAGAGACAGCGAAGGAAGGGCGCGAGAGAGGGAUGAACGGCGCUGCAACUGAGAAUCAACUUACUAGGGUUCCGAGUCUCCUGAGGCGUGAGAGCAGAGCUACUUAUUUGAGGAGGAAGACGGGGUUUUCCGAACGGAAGUGGGUAGGCAGGGAAUUGGGCUACUUGAUACUUAAGCCCAUAAAUUAA